AGCGGGGGGGAGGAGCCCUUAGCGCCGAGCUUGGCGGGGAGGGCGCGGGAUCUUUGCUGUCCAGGGCCAAAGUGGUGUAAACCGGAGGGCCCGGUUUCGUAGCACGGUCCAUCUGCAGGCUGUUGCUGGGUGAAACUGUCCCCCUCUCUCACCCUUUCUGUCUUCUGCUGCUUUCGUUGUUUUGGUGGGUGAGUUAAGCUCGCAGAUCAACUCUCGAUUCAGUGGGAAACCAAUUGCUUUUUUUGUGGGUAGGCUUUUCUGUCAGGUGGAACUGUUGAUCCGAGUGAUUUUUCCCAUAUAUGAUCCAUGCCCUUCCAACAGCAACUUGCUCUUAAAAUUUGUGCCACUGUCAGUCCCAUGCUUUGCUUGGACCUCAGGAAUGUGAACCCAGUUAGCAGAAGUGACUCAGUUAAUGAAUGGGCUGGCAGCAGAAUCUGCUGGACGCCGAUCCACAGGAAGGUGACCCACUGGGAAGCUGUGUAUUAGUAAUGUACUGUUUUUUUUGCUCUAUAGCACAGUGAUGCAUGUCUGCUGGCUUGUGGGGAAAGAAAAAUGCAGUCAGCGAAUGAAACUGCCACACUUGGAAGCAGUGGUAAUUGGGCGUGGCCCAGAGACUGGGAUAACGGAUAAGAAGUGUUCACGGCAGCAAGUCCAGUUAAAAGCAGACUGUAACAAGGGGUAUGUCACAGUUAAGCAGAUAGGAGUCAACCCAACUAGCAUUGAUCUCGUGAAUAUUGGCAAGGAUGAAGAGGUGAAAAUGAAGCCAGGCCAGAUUCUGCAUAUUGUGAAUAAACUUUACCCCUACACAGUGCAAUUUGCUGAGGAGUCAGGGAAAACUGUUACGGAAGCAGAAGGGAAAAUACAAACUGACAGGAUGCCAUGUGAGGACUCCUGCGAGGAUGACGAUGUAGAGCUUGUGCCCAGAAAAACAAGGAAGAUGGAGGUGGUGGAUAGACGAGGCAGUUCUGCAGAUCCCAAGCUAAGUGAUACCCCUGUAUCUCCACAUGAAGGAACUUCGAGCAAGAAGGCAAGCGUAUUGGAACAUUUAGGACACUGGAGUCAGGGUCUAAAGAGCUCCAUGCAAGAUCCAAAAAUGCAGGUUUACAAAGAUGAAAAGACUGUAGUCAUCAAGGAUAAAUAUCCCAAGGCACGUUACCACUGGCUUAUCUUACCGUGGGACCCCAUUUCAAGCCUGAAGUCAGUCACCAGGGACCAUCUUGAACUCCUGGAACAUAUGCAUGCAGUUGGGCAGAAAAUGAUCAAACAGUGUCCUGCCAGAGAGAAUCUGGAGUUCAGACUGGGUUACCAUGCUAUCCCCAGCAUGAGUCAGCUGCAUUUGCAUGUAAUCAGCCAGGAUUUUGAUUCUCCAGCCCUGAAAACCAAAAAGCACUGGAACUCUUUUACUACAGACUACUUCUUAAACUCUGAAGAUGUGAUAGAGAUGGUAAGAAGCAAGGGAAAAGUGACGGUGAAGGAUCAUGUCUCUGAACUUCUCAAACUGCCCCUCAGAUGCCAUUGUUGCAAACAACAGCUGUCCACUAUCCCACAGUUAAAGGAACAUCUCAGGAAACAUUGGCCAAGAUGACGUUGCAAAAAUUUGUCUUACAACUGGUCGUCAGAUUUCAGGCUAUGACAAAGACCUCGAAGCGUUAGUGGACAUGUAUGUGGUUUGGUAACUGGAAUGACAAAUGUAGCAUGGGAAAAAGUAGCCUGGAAACAGCAGCAUACUAACUUUGUAAUAGCUUAGACAAAAAAAAGA